AUGGCGGCGUUAGAAGUCAUGGGAGAGGAGGGUGAGCUCAGAAGACAUGCGAGAGCAGGAUCAGCUCAGAAGUCACAGUCGAAGAUGGUGUGCUCAGAAAGGGUUGAAGAGGAGGUUGAAGAGCUGCGCCAGUUGGAGCCCAGGGGCCAGCACUGCCUGCCUCUGUCCCUGCGUUCAUCUGUCCGCCAUGCAGCCAGCAGCCAUGAGAAAGCCGCCAGGGGUGCCUGCAGGCCACGGGUGAAGAAGAAAGUCUGUCCUAGCUCAACCCCUAGCGAGAAGGUAACCCGGAGCAAGGAGGAGACCCUGGACAAAGUGGUGACCCUGGUGGAGGAGGUGCCCAGACUGAGAAAGUGACCCAGGUCAACGAGGUGACCCAGACCAACCCAGGCUGACUCAGUGACCCAAACUGAGGAGAUGGCAGAAAUGGGGCUCAGUGUAACCAUCACUCACAGCAAUGAGAAGUAUGACCUUCAUGUUACCCCACAGCAGGGCAGCAGUGAACCAAUUGUCCAAGACCUGGCCCAGGUUGUUGAAGAGGCCACAGGGGUUCCACUACCUUUUCAGAAGCUCAUAUUUAAGGGAAAGUCCCUGAAGGAAAUGGAGACACCAUUGUCAGCACUUGGAAUGCAAAAUGGCUGUCGGGUCAUGUUAAUUGGGGAAAAGAGCAAUCCAGAAGAGGUUGAGCUAAAGAAGUUGAAGGACUUAGAGACAUCUGUAGCGAAGGUAGCCAACGACCUGGAAGAGUUUAAUAAAGAACUUGCUGGAAUCCAGCAGGAUUUUCUGGCUAAGGAUUUGCAAGCAGAAACUCUCAGCAAGCUUGACAGGAGAGUGAAGGCAAUAAUGGAGCAGUUCAUGAAGAUCUUGGAGGAAAUUGACACAAUGGUCCUACCAGAAAAUUUCAAAGAUGGUAGGCUAAAAAGGAACAGGUUGGUGCAGAAGGUUCAGGCAUUCCUAGCUGAGUGUGACAUAGCAGAGCAGAACAUCUGCCAGAAGACUGAGUGGCUGCAGUCUACAAAUUUGGCCCUUUAUGAGUGA